AUGGACAACUGUGAUACCGCGUUGCCUGUGCUGCUACUGUUACUGAUGGUGAGGUGUGUUCACGGUGAUCUGAUCUCCCAGAGCAACAACAGCUCCUACGUCCAGCAAUUGUUGCGACUGGCCAAGUCCGCCGAGAUGCGCAGCUAUAUGCGGCCGAACUUUGACGCCUGCGAUAACUUCUAUGAAUACAGUUGCGGAAAUUGGGCCCAGAUCAAUCCUGCCCUCGGUGUCCCUCCCCGGGAGACCAAUGUGGAGCAGCUGUGGGCCAAGGCAUAUCGCCACAAACAGAGGCGUUUAAUGGAGCAGCCGGCGGAUGAGAAAGCGGACGAGGUGGCCGUUCUUCGGCUCAAAGAGUUCUAUGCCAGUUGCCUGAUGUUCCGAGAAACACCAGAGGAUCUCUACCGCCGCGUGCUGCUGGAAAUUGUGGCGGAAUUCGGAGGUAUGCCUGUCUUGAGUGUUCCGGGUCAGGAGUGGCAAGCCGAGGAGUUCGAUUGGCAGGAGACCGUGGCCCGGAUCAAGCGAAAGUACGGCAUUGAAAUCCUUAACCCUUUCCUGUUUCCUAAAAACCACUUCUUCGUGGGUCAGCCAAAGAAAACUUUUCCGGAGACCAUAUUACAAGCAAUGGCUGAUACCACAGCUGAUCUUCUGGAGCGUCACUUGGGCGUAGAGUCGAAGUUGGCCAAGACAACGGCGAAGGAAAUCACAGAAUUGGAGCAAACUAUUUCCGGUCUUGACACGGAUUACUUUGAUACCUUUAAGACCACGGGAGACUACGGGAUUCUCUUAGAUGAAUUAGAUGAAUAUCUGGAUAGACCACCUCAUGUCAUGGCCAACUACAUUUUCAAUGAGCUCCUAAAGCACUUCUACUUCGAUUGGUCGGGAUCCGUUGUUGAGCAGUGUGCCAGCCGGGUCAGCGAGGUAUUUCCCGAGCUCCUCGAAAACAUGGCCUUCAAGCAUUAUGAAGAUGCAGCUACCCUUAGUGAAAUCGAAAACCUCUGGCAGCAGAUAAAUCAGAGCUUUCGCGGCAUGCUGCAAAACUCUUCAGCCGAAUGGUUUAUCCCAGAGACAAGAGAAAAAAUACUGGAUCAGCUGAAUAACACCAGUCUGCUGAUUAAUGGAUACGCCGAUGUUAACUUCACCCAGCGGUAUGAGGGACUGCAGCUGAAGCCAAAGGAUUUUCUACACAAUCUGAGGACCAUACUUACCUAUCAGAGAGUGAAGGCACCGACAUCUGUAACCUAUGAUCCUGUGGGAAAAAGAGUCUUGCUGCCGGUUGCCCUACUCCAGCCGAACUUCUUUUGGUCCCAAUUCUAUCCGAAAGCUGUUCUUUAUGGCAGCCUCGGCACCUUACUGGCCCAACAAUUGGCACACAGCCUGGAAGAUGCCUCCAAGUGGGAUGACAAAUCAUUGGUUGAGAUUGCCAGGCGAGAGGAGUGCUUCAAGAAGCAAUACGGAAGGCUGCGGCUCAAUGGACAAUAUUGGCCGGAGAGCGAUCAGCAGGCGGAGAACAUAGCCGACAAUCUGGGCAUCCAGGUUUCCUACCACGCCUACAGAAGGUUCCUGGGGGGGAUGGCCUUAUCUGUCCGGAACUCGGAGGCACUGCCACAACUUAACGUCACCUCCCGGCGGCUGUUCUUUCUCAGUUUCAGCCAGUUGUUGUGCCAUGAUGCCAACUUGGAGUUCCGGAACCAGCAACUCAAGUCUCAACUGCAAACUCCGAAUGCCCACCGGGUGCUGGGAGCACUGUCCAACUUCGAGGCAUUUGGACGCGACUUUAACUGCGGAACCGGAAGCGAGAUGACCACUCCACAAAAGUGUCAACUCUUUUCGGUAAACCUGGAUUAG